CAUCGUUUCCAGUUACGCUCAUGUUUCUGGUUCCUUCCUCCGAGAUGUACUCUGUUACUUUCAACAUCAACACAUGAUCGAAUGGAGAGUAGAGAAGGUUCAGAGAAUUAGGUCUUCCUAAUUCUCUGAAUACGAGACGUUGAACAAUUCAAAGAACAUGUGCGAGUGUUGUACGCUCAUACAUCUAAUCGACUCCGCUGCAAAUUUUGGGAUCGGCCUGUCACUAUUACAAGGAUAGUAAGCUUUCAUGGCGAAACUGCUCUGCGUGUAUCCACCAGUCUGUGCUGCUCAUCCUCGGGCAACCCUCGUUCGUCGUCAGAGCGCUCAAAGAUGUCGAUGGCGUAAACGAAUUCAUUUGCUUUCGAGACGAUGUAUCGAGGUUACGGUCUGCCUAAUUAGUUCAAAGAGGCGUCCUGGGAUUGUCGGGAACUCCCUUCGAAUUAUUCUAAGAAGCAUGCCGCAAUCAUGAAUUUAGGACAGUGGGAUAGGCAUAGGCCUUAGUUUCUGAUGAGCUUUACAAUGCGUAGAUCGCCAGAGUACCUUAUGACUGUAGAAAGGAUUCUGGUCGUUGAGAACUGGCUACACUCCCGAUUAGUCAUUUGCUCAUGCUGUGAAGUAACUCCAAGGAGCUGAAUGAUUUGCAGAAAAUGGUCUAUGACAUGGAGCCAAUCACGGCGUAGAAGCUUUUCCAAAUGCUAUAUCAGAAAAACGCUGACAUUGCUAAUUGGAUUUGAGGUGAAGUCAAGGAGCAUACAAACUUUCUUGGUGGGCAGAUGUUCUCCUUAUGAUCCCUCUUCCACGAAGAAGAGGGUUACAUAAGAAAUCUGAGAUAGGCACUGCACAGGUAGCUAACCAACAGAGUAUAUUUCCAUGUAUGGAAUAAAAGGUUGGGCUGAGUGCCGAAAGAGGGCCAAUGGACCUAGCAACAACAACUAUACGGCCGAAAACCAUUGCGAGCACUGAGUAGCUCGUUAGUACUUCUGAGCAAAUGUGAUUAGCGAUAAUUCACGAUACUUCGCCUUUCGCUACUCUAUAACCAGGCUCAUGAAGAAAAUCUUCAGAUCGGUGAACGGAUUCCUGAAGGAGUUUUGUCUCCAUGAUUACCUUCAGCAACCAGCUCACAAGGGUCUGCAGACGAGAGGGUCAAAUCUCGAUACACACAAUCAGCUUAUCUAGCAAGGAAGAGGAAAUCCUAAGUCUUGGAUCUAAUUCUCUCAUCUGUAAUGCUUGUUGAAAUGUGUGAACGCUGAAAAUCCCCUCUAUGGUUCAUCAG